AUGUCGUUCUCGCUGUCGCCGCCGACAUUCCCACCCAAACCCACCCCAGUCCUGCUACACUCCCAGCGCUGGAACUACUAUCACCCCAAUCACUCCGUGACUCGCCAUUUCGAUGGUCACGCUGCGACUUCGCUGAAGCUGAGGUUUGGCAUCGGCUCGGGGCUGACGUUGAGCGAAUUGCCCAGCCACAAGCGACGUCGUUUCCGGUGCGAAGCCCAACUGGGCGACCUUGCUCCGGUCACCUCCGCCGUUUAUGGGUCUCUUCUUCUCGGCGGCGGUCUCUUCGCCUUUAGCAGGUCAGGAAGCAAGGGCUCACUUGCUGGAGGGUGCACUGGGGCUGUUCUAAUGGCCACUGCCUACUAUCUUAUGCAAGCACCAGAGACAAAAUCAAUUGGUUAUGCACUUGGAUUUGGCGCCGCCUUUCUUUUUUCAUCCGUGUUUGGUAUACGCUUGGUGGCUACACAAAAACUGACCCCGGCAGGUCCUCUAUUAGCUCUCUCAGUCCUCGCAUUGGCAGUUUUCAUAUCUGCUUAUUUGCAAGAUACUGUCUGA